CUGCAGUUUUGUCCCCGGUGGUUUGGGUCAGUUCCGCGGGACCCUUCUGAAUUUCCUGGACCUACGCAUUGGAUCCUCAACCAACUGGUGAUCGAAUUAGGGGAAAAGAAGCCUCGUCGGACAGCAGAGACGGAGUUUCGCUCUUGUCGCCCAGGCUGGAGUGCAUGGCACGAUCUCAGUACUUUCCAGGCAGGAUUCUGCUUUCCCUCGGACUGCAUCACUCAGGACUCUGAAUAUUCCCUGAAAUAGGAGGAAAAAUGAACAUGUUGAAGGAGGCAGUGACCUUCAAGGAUGUGGCUGUGGUCUUCAGUGAGGAAGAGCUGAGGCUGCUGGACCUUGCCCAGAGGAAACUGUACCGAGAAGUGAUGCUGGAGAACUUCAGGAACUUGCUCUCAGUAGGACAUCAACCACUCCACAGAGAUACUUUCCACUUCCUAAAGGAAGAAAAGUUUUGGAUGAUGGAGACAGUAACCCAAAGAGAAGGGAAUUUAGGAGACAGGAUCCAAACUGAGAUGGAGACUGUUCCAGAAGUAGGAACACAUGAAGGGUUGUUCAGUCAUCAAAACUGCGAACAAAUUUCAAGUGACUUAACCAGGUUUCAAGACUCCAUGGUAAACAGCUUUCAGUUCUCCAAACAAGAUGAUAUGCCCUGCCAGGUUGAUGCAGGACUAUCUAUAAUUCACAUAAGACAGAAACCUUCUGAGGGUAGGAAGUGUAAAAAAUUCUUUAGUGAUGUCUCCAUCCUUGAUCUUCAUCAACAAUUACAGUCAAGAGAUAAGUCUCAUACAUGUGAUGAAUGUGGAAAGAGUUUCUGUUAUAGCUCAGCUCUUCGUAUUCAUCAGAGAGUUCACAUGGGGGAGAAACUCUAUAAUUGUGAUGUGUGUGGUAAGGAAUUCAAUCAGAGCUCACAUCUGCAAAUUCAUCAGAGAAUCCACACUGGAGAGAAACCAUUCAAAUGUGAGCAGUGUGGGAAAGGCUUUAGUCGUAGAUCAGGACUUUAUGUUCAUCGUAAAUUACACACAGGAGUGAAACCUUAUGUUUGUGAAAAAUGUGGGAAGGCCUUCAUUCAUGAUUCCCAGCUUCAGGAACAUCAAAGAAUCCAUACUGGGGAGAAGCCAUUCACAUGUGAUACAUGUUGUAAGAGCUUCCGUAGUAGAGCAAAUCUUAAUAGGCAUUCCACGGUUCACAUGCUAGAGAAACCAUUCAGAUGUGAUAUAUGUGGUAAGAGCUUUGGUCUGAAAUCAGCACUUAAUAGUCAUCGCAUGGUCCACACAGGAGAGAAACGGUACAAAUGUGAGGAAUGUGGAAAACGCUUCAUUUAUAGGCAAGAUCUUUAUAAGCAUCAGAUAGACCACACAGGGGAGAAGCCAUAUAAUUGUAAAGAAUGUGGAAAGAGCUUCAGAUGGGCCUCAGGUCUUUCAAGACAUGUGCGAGUCCACAGUGGAGAGACACCAUUCAAAUGCGAAGAAUGUGGGAAGGGAUUUUACACAAAUUCACAACGUUAUUCUCACCAGAGAGCCCACAGUGGAGAAAAGCCAUAUAGAUGUGAGGAGUGUGGGAAGGGCUACAAAAGGAGGUUGGAUCUUGACUUUCAUCAGAGGGUCCACAGAGGAGAGAAACCCUAUAAUUGUAAAGAAUGUGGGAAGAGCUUUGGCUGGGCCUCAUGUCUUUUGAAUCAUCAGAGAAUCCACAGUGGAGAAAAACCAUUUAAAUGUGAAGAAUGUGGGAAAAGAUUUACUCAGAAUUCACAACUUUAUACCCAUCGUAGAGUCCACAGUGGAGAAAAACCAUUCAAAUGUGAGGAGUGUGGGAAAAGAUUUACUCAGAAUUCACAACUUUAUUCUCAUCGCAGAGUCCACACUGGAGUAAAGCCAUAUAAAUGUGAAGAGUGUGGGAAGGGCUUCAACAGUAAGUUUAAUCUUGACAUGCACCAGAGGGUCCACACCGGAGAGAGACCUUAUAAUUGUAAAGAAUGUGGGAAGAGCUUUAGCCGGGCAUCAAGUAUUUUGAAUCAUAAGAGACUCCAUGGUGAUGAAAAGCCAUUCAAAUGUGAAGAAUGUGGGAAGAGAUUUACUGACAAAUCACAGCUUCAUUCCCAUCAGAGGGUUCACACUGGGGAAAAGCCAUACAAAUGUGAGAAGUGUGGAAAGGGCUUCAGAUGGGCCUCAACUCAUCUAACCCAUCAAAGACUCCACAGUAGAGAAAAAGUACUUCAUUGUGAGGACUGUGGGAAAAGCAUUGUACACAGUUCAUGUCUUAAAGACCAACAAAGAGACCACAGGGGAGAGAAAACAUCUAAAUGUGAGGACUGUGGGAAGCGUUACAAGAGGCGCUUGAAUCUUGAUAUGCUUUUGUCAUUAUUUUUAAAUGACACAUAAUUAUUGUACUCGUUUAUGGGGCACAUGUGAUAGUUGGUACAAGUAUACGAUGUGUAAUGAUCAAAUCAGUAUAAUUAACGUAUCCAUCACCUCAAA